UUAUACUAUCUGCUGCUCAUGGUACUUAGUUGAGUAACUAUAUAGUUCCAUUACCUAGGUAGGUAAAAAAAAAAGUGGAUCAACGUUAUUCUGACCCUCUAUCGAUCCAGCCUUCCAUCCAUACCUAUCCACCUGCAUGCUCCCGUCCACGUUACCUAAUGGACCGUAAUGUUACGAUAUCCCGAACUCGCAGACUUCCCGUAGUUAUGGGCCCCAGCACCAUCUGACUACUGUAUAACUACUGACUGGCUGCCAUUCUUCGUUUAUUGCUCUCAGCAUGGAGAGAAUUGCGUUGGGAGCGACCGCCGCCAAUGAUAAGACCAAAAGGCCGACGGUUAUCAAACAGCCCUUCCCUUAGGCUAGACACGAGGUUACCUUUGAGCGACAGGCAUAUGAGAGAUUGGGCGCGCAUCCACGAAUUGCAAGAUAUAUUCGUCCUCUAAGCCACACAUCUGAGAUGGAAUAUUACCAGCUUGGCUGCAUAGACCAAGCAAGGCAUAUAAUUGAAUCCAAGAUACCAUACCUUAAAUGGGCCAAGCAGAUUGCAGAAGGUCUGGUUUUUAUACACAGCAAGGGCGUCAUCCACUGCAACCUACGGUCACCCAACAUACUGGUCACCGAUACGCUCGAUGUCGUCCUAGCCGACUUUGCCUCGAGCUCAAUGGACGGAGCUAGGGUAUCCAAUGUGUACAAUAAAACUAGGUAUCGGCUGCCCAGCUUCGAUGAGUAUAAGUACGAAAGCUACCAAUAUACCAUUCAGGAUGACAUAUUUGCAUUUGGUAGUGUGAUAUACAGCCUCGUUACAGCCGAAGACCCAUACCAAGAGCGAACAGAUGAAGAAGUUAUUAAGCUGUACACCGCGGGUACCUUCCCAGAUACCUCGGGAUGGCCUAUAGGUGCGGUGACUACCAAGCGCUGGCGUGGUGAAUACUCCGAUGCAGCUGAAGUGCUUGAAGACAUUCGUUAGUAACAAUGUGCCGCAAUGUUUUGACACUCCCUACUGAUCCAUGUUAUUACUUCUCUUUCUAGGACACUUGCGGUUCGAAGCCUCCUUAGAGCAACAUUGCCUAGUCUACUUUAGGUUUUUAUUUCAUAUCCUUCGGAACAUAGGGCCCCCAGACUGAUGUAUACUCUUUAACCAAAAGCUAUGGAAAUUCUUAUCAUUUUUUACGGGAGCUCGUUGAUUUGGCGGGAUGGCAAAAAUUAGAUCGCAGGUAAACAAAUCUCCCCCGAAUCCUCGGUAUGACAAGUAGCUCAUGGUAUAUACGACAUAUAGAGAUAUAUAGAGGACUGUUGUAGAUAUCAGGAUUCGACGCUUCACAUUCCGCUCCCGAGUAACGAAAAUACUGCAAGCAUAGACCGCUUAGAACGGCUACAGAAAAUUCCUUCAAUAAGGGAAUCAACAACGCCAACACGUCUCGACCAAGAAUUAAUCUUACGGUAUCAGUCGUCUUUGAAUCGCAACCCCCUCGUAUUUCUAUGCAUGGCGUCGAAAUCGAAUGUCUCAGGGUGUCAGAUAUCCAGUUAGUUAUGAGGUAUCUUUCUUUCGGCAGCACCCUCGGCAUCACCAUGGACUCAAUAUCCACGCAUCAGCAAAACAAUGUUAGUACCUCUCCUUUGCAAUGUUAUAUUCGACUUUCCAACCUGUUCACAAGCGGGACCAACGAUAUCCCUAGCUUCGAGAUUCGGUUCAAUUACUAAUAAAAUCGACGAACAGUUCCGGCCUUGCCGUCACACUGCCGAAGCCAAUGCCGCUGCUU